AUGGGUCUGGGGAGCCAAAUAACAGGUACUAUAGAUCGAAAAAUCUAUAACUUGACCUAUGAUCUCUUGGACGAGCGAACAGAAAGGAAUCGAAACGCUUUGAAUGUGAAUGAGUUGCAGGAUCCAUUUGCAGGAGUGGAAUCAGCAAAGAACUUGACCAUUUCCCAGGUGCUCACUUACGUUCAACUGAAGAACUUUGAAUUGAAGCGAACCAAGAAAGCCCAACUCGAAAAGUCGAUUUCAAAGGUCUUGAAACUAAUAAGGGAAGAUGAAGAGAGUGAGUUAACCAACAACCAAUCGGAAAAAGAAAUAGAGAGCGCUUCUGAAACGGAAGCUACGGAAACAGCAGGCCCUAACUUGAUGGAAUUCAAGGAUCCUAACUUGUCGAACAAGUCAGUUACUUCGUUGUGGAAUUUUGAUGACCGCGAAGAGGACCAAAAUUUAAAUACUGAUGGUACGACUACAAAACGAAGGGCGAAGGAUUCCAUUAGAAGUGUUUCAAAAAAGCAAAAGCGCAAGUUUGAUCAUACGCCCCCUGAUAUCACUUUUUCUAACUUGGGAGGCUUGGACAAUGUUACUACACAGCUACUUGAACUUGUUGGGCUACCUAUUCUACAUCCCGAAAUAUACUCCUCGACUGGGGUUGAGCCUCCAAGAGGAGUGCUUUUGUAUGGACCGCCAGGGUGCGGUAAAACAACGAUCGCCAAUGCACUAGCAGGAGAAUUAAAGGUUCCUUUCAUCAAUAUAUCAGCCCCAUCGAUUGUUUCUGGAAUGUCUGGUGAGUCAGAAAAGAAACUUCGUGAAUUAUUUGAUGAAGCAAAGACCGUGGCUCCGUGUUUAAUAUUCAUGGAUGAGAUAGACGCCAUCACGCCAAAGAGAGAUGGGGGAGCCCAAAGGGAAAUGGAAAGAAGAAUUGUUGCUCAACUUUUAACCCUAAUGGACGAACUAACGCUAGACAAAACGAACAACAAACCCGUGAUUGUAAUAGGUGCCACUAAUAGACCAGACUCAUUAGAUUCUGCUCUUCGCCGGGCGGGUCGGUUCGAUCGGGAAAUAUGUUUGAACGUUCCAAACGAAGCGCAGAGAGAAUCCAUUUUGAGAGCAAUGACUAAAAACAUCAAGUUACAAGACAGUGAAAAUUUUGCUUACAGAGAGCUAUCAAAGCUCACUCCCGGUUAUGUAGGGGCCGACCUUAAAAGUCUUGUAACCGCUGCCGGCGUUGCUGCCAUCAAGAGAAUUUUCGAAACUAUGAGUGAGAAACACGAAGAGACCAAUAGCGUAAAGGAAGACAAUAUGGAUAUAGACCCCGAUUCUGGUAAGGAUAACGAAGCCGUACUCUCAAAAAGGUUUGGAAAUAAAACUGACUUUGAGCAAAUAUCCACAAUUCAAAAAUUUUUGGGGCGAAACCCUGAACCAUUGACGGAGGAACAACUACAGCCUUUAUGCAUCACCUACGACGAUUUUGUGAAAGCCCUUCCUACUGUUCAACCAACCGCCAAAAGAGAGGGUUUUGCAACUGUUCCAGAUGUUACAUGGAGAAAUGUGGGCGCCUUGGCCAAGGUGCGUAUGGAGUUGCACAUGUGCAUCGUUCAGCCAGUUAAGAAGCCAGAAUUGUACUUGAAAGUGGGUAUCUCAGCCCCAUCUGGAGUUUUGAUGUGGGGCCCGCCCGGGUGUGGGAAAACUCUUCUUGCGAAGGCUGUUGCAAAUGAAUCUCGUGCUAACUUUAUAUCAGUCAAGGGACCAGAAUUAUUGAAUAAGUACGUGGGGGAGUCAGAAAAGGCGGUAAGACAAGUGUUUCAGAGAGCUAUGGCUUCAAAACCUUGCAUUAUCUUUUUUGACGAGUUGGAUGCUUUGGUUCCACGAAGAGACACGUCCAUGUCGGAAUCGAGUUCAAGGGUUGUGAACACCUUGUUGACCGAACUAGACGGACUUUCGGACAGAAAUGGUGUUUUUGUCAUUGGAGCAACGAAUCGGCCCGACAUGAUAGACCCUGCGAUGCUCCGUCCUGGCCGGUUGGACAAGACUCUUUAUAUAGAACUUCCCAGUGGAAGCGAGAGGCACGAGAUUUUGAAAACAAUUAUAGCGGCCAACAAUACACCGAUUGCCGACGAUGUUGAUCUUAUGGAAGUUGCGAACAAUGAGAAGUGCCGUAAUUUUUCUGGAGCAGACUUGUCUUCUUUAGUUAAGGAAGCGGGAAUUUCAGCUUUGAAAAGGAACUUCUUUGGCUCCCAGAAGCUCGAGAUGUUGGAUGCUUCGGGAUUUUACAACGAAACCUCGUUGGAGAAACGUAUAGAGAUCACUAGGGAAGAUUUUCACCGUGCUUUGGCUGCCAUCCGUCCGAGUGUGAGUGAUAGGGAUAGACUAAAGUAUGAGCGUUUGAACAAAAAACUUGGUUGGGACAUAAUCGGCGAAAAAAUUGGGACAGCAGAAACGACCACAGAAGAUGGCACAGCAAACCCGAAGUGA